AUGGCGCCCGCACCUGGAGGCACCCCGGGCCGCAAGACUCGCGGCGGAAACAAGUACUUCGACGUUGGCGUGCAAGGGCGGAAAACGGGAAUAACGCUCGAAGACAAAGGUAUUCGGGAUGAGUACGGCAUGGAACCGCUAGACGGCAUCUUCUCGUCGCCGGAGAAGUCUCCCCCAAAGCGUCCGACCGGUCGAAGGUCAGGCGGCACCGUCACAACAUCCGAGUCUAUGGAGGUUCAAGAGAGCUCCGUUCCCGAACCAACCCAGACGAUCAAGUCUCAAAACCUCCUCCGGAAAAGCAAGACGUUCUUCCCUCCGCCUGUCUCGCGCUCGCCGAUGAAAACAAACCUCGGAUCCUCUCCGCGCCGACAGUCUUCCAUGGGUCCCAGGUCCGCCGCACGAAAGUCAAUGGGGUCUCCCGAUCGCUCCGCAUCGCACCCAGCAGUCAGUCGGCGUCUCGACUUUUCCGUUGUAGAGGAGGGUCCGACUAGCUCGACUGUUGCGCGAUCAACCCCGGUAGUUAGACAUGUGAAGGGCGGACAGCGGCCGGCGCGCCCAGAUAUCUAUGAUUUGCAAGAGUCACCAGUGCGUGGGCAAAAGAGGACGUAUGAGGAAAGCAUCGUAGAGGAAGAUCCAUACACAAAUGGAAAUUCGGCAUUGCAAUUCAAUGGGUUGCAAGAGGAAUCGCUGUUUCCGCCAAUCGAGGACGAAUCUUUACAAUUUGUGCAAGGAGCCGAGGACGAUGACAACGCAUUUGGUGCAUCUUCCGAGGAUUCCUUACCUCUACCGGAGGUCACGCCGCCACCCGCAAAGAAGAGUAGGACAGGCAAAACGGGGAGAUCGAACGCGCUCCCUGUGGAAGAUGAGCCUUCGAUUAGGGAACCCACUCCUAAAGCGACCCAGGUGCAGAGAGGUGGAGUCAAAUCCAAAGCUGCACCGAGAAUCAAGCCUGCAAAAAGAUCAUCAAUUGCCGAGGAAUCAAGCCCAGCGCCGCCUCAACCAAGGAAAAGUGCUCCUGUGCAGCAUUCCAGCAAACUCAAGAAAAAAAUACCCGAGCCGGAGCCUGAAAAGGAAGAGGACGAGGAGGAAGGCGAGGUCGAAGACGAGAUUGAGGAUACAGACAGCAUGGUCGAGCCGGAUUUGAUCUUGGAAGAAAGUACAGUGGACGAGGAGCCAAAACCAAUGCCACCACCACAAAAGCGCGGGAGGCCGGCAAAGAACAAGGUCAAUGUACACCGUGACCAACCGUCUUCCAGCAAACAAGAGUCGAGAUUCAAGGUUCCAGCAAUUCCGCAAAAGAGGGCACAACGGAAACCAAAGCCAAAGCCAGUGCCUUCAGAACGCGAUCCGAAUGUCAGAUCCGGGUCAGUUGCAGCUUCGCAGCAAGAAAAAGGUGUAUCAAAGGCAGUCAGUGAAGCGUCAUCUACCGCGAGUACAAUUUCAAGACGACCACCCAUCGUUCGUGGUCUUCAGCAGCUUCGGCAAGGGACGCCCUUUGAAGACGUAGGCAUGCGAACCACGCGAUCCGGAAGAGCCUCUGUUAAACCGGUGGACUUUUGGCGGGGAGAAACCAUCAAGUACGAUCAUCUCAGGAACAAUGUAGAGAUUGUCCGCGCAGAUAACCGGUUGGAAUUUGAAACUGCUGGGAAGAGGAAAGGGGCUGUGAAACCGAAACGCAGAGCGAAGGUGGAAGAGGAUGUGGAGCACGAGCUUGACGAUUGGGAGGUUGAUCCUGGAAGUCUUACAGGCACUGUAACUGCCUGGGAUUCAGAGCUAGGCGUAGCCACAAAUGACCACGAAGAGCAAGAACUCGCGAUAGCAGAGGAGGGGGUCCCUUUCAAAGACGUAUCAGGGGGGCAGUUCCAGUUCGCCAAACUGAUUUCUGUUAAGAACUUUUUCGGCGCAGGCAUAAUCAAUCUCCCUCCUGGGGGCUUCAAACGACCGAGGAACGCGCGACAGAUGCAAUUCGCUUUCUAUCUCUUCGACGGGACAGCAGAGGUGACGAUAGCGGACGAAAGGUUCACUAUACACAAGGGCGGCUACUUUCAAGUACCACGAGGUUAG